GCUUUACGUGCUGAGAUAACAUGGAAAGAUUUUUUACAACAUCUCUCUCCACUCUGCCGCAAAUAAAGUUCGAGGAUAUUAAUCGAAUUGUUGCAGAAAACUCUUCAACCACGGGGUCGAGACUGAAGAAGGGUUAUAAAUUCUUUGUUGAAGAAUUUAUUCAUGGAUAUCAGGAUGUUUUUGGAGUCUCAUGGAGAGCCUAGUGUCACUGCUUAUGCAUGUAGUUGUGCAGCUGGCAAAGGGUUAUGUAACCAUCUAACAGCUCUGUUGUAUCAAACAGCCCACUAUGUGCAGCUUCAUCUAAAAUCUGUCCCACCAACAGUGGCUUGCACAAGUGAACAACAGAGAUGGCAUCGUCCAAGGACACAGGGUGUCAGUCCAGAGGCAGUGAGUCAACUUAUAGUUCAGAAACCAUGUUCUCUGGGGAAGACAGGAGUAAAGUCUACGCUGUACAGGGCUCACACAGGUCCACUUCCAGAUACACACGUCUUGGCUUCUGGAGCAAAACUGAACCAGAUGGACCCAAAACCUUUGCUGGCUCAUAUACUUGAAGGCAUGUCAGAAAUGGAGCUGGUCAACUCGCAGUUUGGUCCUUUACCUCGGGGCAGUCCUCUUUCCUACCACUAUCCACUCACAGCUGCUGAUCAACCUACAGUUGAUUUCCCCAACCUGCCCAUGUGUGGCAGUCAGUUUUGUACAAACUUAAAUUUUGUUCCCACUCACCACCAAUCCUUUCAUUUGCAGUCUAUACAAGUAUCACACAUCUUAUCCGGUCAGAUUGAGCACAAUACAAGACUACAGUCAAAUUGUGCUGCCUGGGCACAUGCGCGUCAACCAAGAGUCACAGCAAGCAGGUUUAGGGAAGUCUGCCAUGUGGUUGGGGAAUCUGCUAGCCAGUCAUUGGCAGCACGUAUAUUAAAAGGCACAAAGCAGACAACUGCUAUGAAACGUGGACUUGAGCUUGAACCAGAAAUUUUGAAACAAUAUUCUGAAACAAAGAGGGUUACCGUUUUACCUUGUGGCUUUGUUGUUCACCCAGACGCACCACAUCUGGGAGCCAGUCCAGAUGGGAGAGUAUAUGACCCAUCUGAAAUCUUCCCAUUUGGUCUAGUGGAAGUGAAAGCUACAUCUGCUGAAAGUAUAGGCCAGGCUUCAUUCAUUAAAAUGCAAAAGGGCCAAGCCAAACUCAAAGAAACACACAAAUACUAUUGGCAGGUUCAAGGCCAGCUUGCUGUAACUGGUCUGCAGUGGUGUGACUUCGUGACUGACACACAGUCAGACAUAACCAUCCAGAGGAUCUGGCGAGAUGAUGUCUUUAUAUCAUCAAUGAAGGAGAAGUUGGACAUUUAUUAUUAUUAUGUAUAUAUGGACAAAUAUCUAUCUAUGGUUUAAACAUUGCUAAUUAAUUACUCACCUUGAUACUUGCGCUUGUGAGCUAACCCUUUAA